CAGCCUUCCGCCCCUCGGCAGGGCAGUGAGGCCUUCGGCCUUUGCGCUCCUCAGCGGGGCAGCAAGACUUAGCCACUUUGUGCACUUGGGUGGGAUAGGCAAAGCCAUCCACCCUCGCGGUCCUUAGCCGGAGCAACAACUGCUUUUGUGCUUUGUGCUUCUUGGCAGGGCAUUGAGGCCCUCACCCUCUCAGUUUCUGCAGGACCUGUGUGCUCUGAGAUGGCAGCCCCUACUGGGCCUCCCAGCCCUAUGCAGUCUCUUCGGGAAGAAGCAGUGUGCGCCAUCUGUCUGGAUUACUUUCAGGACCCUGUGUCCAUCGGCUGUGGGCACAACUUCUGCCGAGGAUGUGUGACCCAGCUGUGGGGCAAGGAAGAUGAACAGGACCGUGAACAGCCUGCUCCAGGGGACCAGGUCGUUAGAGAGGUUAUGUAUCAUAGGUACACAGAAGAGGAGGCGUUUCAGCGCCGAGCACCCGCUGGACACUGGGUUGGUAAUACCUAUAGAAGGCAUCACGGCAAUGCAGACCCUGUGUGGGAUGACGAGGAAGAAGGCUGGAACAACGUACAAGGAUUGGUACAUGACCUGAGAAUUAGGGUUUUUCCAGAAGAAGAAAGGGAGGAACACCACCACAACGGCCACCAGUACCAUCACCAUGGCCGCUACCGCCACCGUCGCAUCUUCAGCCGCGGGCCCCCACAUCCACCUGUGCGUCGGCAGCUCUAUCUAGAUGCCCGCUUACGUUCUCCACCUCGUCCUACACCGCAGGUCUUCAGCUGCCCACAGUGCCGAAGGACUUUUCCAAGUCGCAGUUUUCGCCCUAAUUUGCAGCUGGCCAACAUGGUCCAUAUAAUUCGCCAGAUUUGCGGUACUCCAUGAAAUUAGCAAAGCAUGUGCUCCCAAGUAUGAAGAAGCUCUGAUAUUCUUCUGUGAGGUAGAAAAAAGGUAGACUGUGUGUCUAGAUUCCAGGCACCACAAAUUGAUGAUAUAGUACCUACCAUUGGAUGAAUUACUUCAGGAAUACAAGGAGCAAAACAAAAACCCUCAGAAACCUGUAGUACUUUGUUCCAGUGCUGCCCCAGUUUUAGGGAGAUAUUAAGGAUUUGCAAAUGUCAUCUUUGGUUCAGUCUUAAAUCAGAAUUAGAAUUGGGUAUGUAUGUAAUUCAAAAGCAGAAUGCUUGUCUGCCUACCAUGCUGCACCCCUCCCCCAAUUUAUUUUGAAUUAAUGAUUAUCAAACUUCAGUUUUAGGAAACAGUAGUUCCUUCUUUGUUUGUGUUAGCUGAGAAUUUACUCAUGGGAAUGAGGAAAGCUGCUUUGCUUAGCUUCAGAAUUAGGCUUUCAAAACAGAAUGUUUUCAUGAGCUUGGUGUUUGACUACUUAAAGUAUUUUUGAGCUUGUUGUUAAUUGAUUUGGAUACAUACUUUAUAGAAGUCUCUGUCAGUAGUAUAGUAAUGCCAUACUCUAGAUUUUUGGCAAAAGUUGAAAUGUGGUCAAGAAAUGCUGUGCUAUAUCAGUGUCUAUGAAUUAUCUGUUGGAAAGGUUUUCUGUCGUCAUAAAUUAAGAAAAACAGUAUGCUUUAUUCCAGUUUGCUUUUGAAGAUCUGAAGACCUCUCAUUGCUUUUGUAAGAUCUAAAGUUUCUUGGUCCUUAAAGAGAACUGCAUUCAGCAUUUGGAUUGCAAUCCCAACAUUAGAGUACCAGUGAAAAAUUGAAACUGAAAAUAUGAAACUUUGAAAAAUUAAAACUUUCAACAGAAUUUUAACACUGGUGUUGACCCUGAAAUGCACUGGCCCUGGACUGGCUAUAGCAUAAUACUAACAUUUUCAUUGUGUAGUAGUUAAAACUUGCCAAGAACAGCGUAUGUAAGUAUAUGUGGGCAGAUUCAUAUAAAAAGUGCCUAAUUUUGUUGGCCCAGAACCAAAAGCAUGAAUAUUAUAUCUUUAAAUUUAAAAAUUCAAAUUAAUAUAUAAAAUAAUAGAUUUCAUUAUGACCGUUUCAUGCUUGUGUAUCAUUGUGCUUUGCUCAUAUUUGCUCCUCUGUUAUACUUAAUUAAGCUGGUUCAUCCUUUUCUCCAGCUAGUCUCUUAAUCAUAUCACAUGUCAUAUAUGAAAAAUUACUAAGCUUAAAUUUUAGGUGAGAAAGUAUAUUUAUUGUUCACUGUUACCCUUUCUUGCACCCCCGUCCUCCUCACUUUUAGAGCCUCUCUUUCCUGUAUAGCAUUCCUCUAUUAAUGUUAUUGCAAGGAAUUCAGAAUACACUAAGUGGUAUGUUAGACAUGUUAAAACCUACAUAGGGUAGCUUUGCCGGGAGAAAUGGGUUUCACCUUGGUUUCCAGCGCUUUUACUGAAGCGCUUCAAGAAGAGUUUGUGGAAUUUAAAUAAGUCUGAUUGUUUUGAUGAGAAACUUGUGUAUAAACUGCACACACAGAUAUGGCUUUUUUGCAUUUAUUUUUCAAAUUUCUCCUUACAUUUUUGUUUCUGUUCUUAUUUUUUCCUUGCUGUGUCUAACUAGAAGGAAACUGUAAAUGUCUUCUUAAAAGUGAUUUAUGUUUUAUUGCAUUUUAUACAGUACUCAGUAAAGAGAAAUUGUU